AAAGUUUACAUCAUGGCGGCCAGGAAAAGAAAUCAACUGAUCCAGAACAGCAAUAAUGCCAAUCAAACGCAUUCUGGAAAGAAAAAACUUGCAAAGAAAUCAGAUUUUAAAGACAAAAUCACAUGCGAUUCGGAAAAUGCACUCAAUUUCACGCCGACAACAAAAGCAAUCACUUUAAUUUUGGCUAUAGUUAUAACAGUUAUCCAUAGAAAUCAUGUGUAUGGUAUGUUUGAAAGAGAAAGACAUUUUUCCCAUUUAUCAAAUCUUGAAAGGGAACUGGCCUUUCGCACAGAAAUGGGUCUGUACUAUUCUUAUUACAAAACCAUAAUUACAGCACCAACAGUAGUCCUGGGAUUAUACUCAGUUAUGUAUGAUAAUAUGACAGAGUACCCGUUGACAAUAAAUGUACUAAAAAGGUUCAACUUAUACCCAGAAGUUGCGCUUGGUAUCAUCUACAGAACCUAUUCUUCUUUCUGUCAGACAUUUGGCAUCAAAAAUAAGAUGUGUUGGACAGUAAAUAGAGGGAAGGAUUUAAGUCCCGUACAAAGUUGUGAAGGUCUUGGAGAACCAACCUAUUUUUAUGUUGAAGUUGUUUUCUGGUUCAGUGGUAUAAUGAUGGGAACACUUUUCCUGUUUGGAACAUUUUUGAGUGGCAGUCCAUAUGGGGGAAUUCUAACUGUGUUGUCGUUCUUCUACAAUCACGGAGAAGCUACCAGAGUUAUGUGGACUCCACCACUUAGAGAGAGUUUUGCGUUUCCUGUGCUUGUGAUACAGAUAUUUUUAGUAACAAUUUGCCUCAGGAUGAGAAAUCCAGGAUAUAAACACAGUGCCUUCAUUUCCAUAGCAACUGUAAGCUUUAUGCUGCCAUGGCAGUUUGCCCAGUUUGCACUACUCACUCAGACUGUUGCAGUCUUUGGUACAUAUGUUCUUGGUUACACAGACUCACAUAAGAUCAAAGUAAUAUUGUAUGGACAGCUGAUUGGUCUGUUGGUUAGCUAUUUAGCUUUAUUUGGUAAUGAGAUGCUGCUGACCUCAUUCUUUGCAUCAUGUUUGCUAACAGUGCUGAUUAUUGUCUAUUUAGAACCAGUGCUAGAAAAUAUAAGAUUCAGAACUAUCAUCAUAGCUAUACAGGGAAUUUUAUUGAUAAUUGGAACAGUAGGCUGUAAAAUCAUAGUAUCCAAAAUCCUUGAAACUGCUGAUGAUGCACACAUAGGAGAAAUAUUCAGAAGUAAGUUUGGAGAUUUUAAGAAUUUCCAUACAAUGUUGUACACUUGUGCCAAGGAGUUUGAUUUUAUGGAACCAGAGACUCCUGUGAAAUUAUCAAGGACUUUAUUAUUACCAACUGUGUUCAUCGUUGUCUGUUCUGUUGUCUUUAAGUUACUUACGGAAGAAUAUUUAGCAUGGAAGAGUCCAUCCUCUUAUGAGAUGCAGGUAGACAGAAAUAUGAGAUUGAAGCCAAAUGCUGAGAUUGUGUAUAACCUGUUACAGUGUGCAGCAUUCACACUAAUGGCUAUCAUGAUAAUGAGAUUGAAAUUGUUCAUGACACCCCACCUUUGCUUGAUUUCAUCUCUUUUAGCAUCAAAAAAGAUUUUUGGGUGGAUUGGAAGCAGAGAAAAACAGUUAGGUUUAGUGACAAUUAUUGCAGCUGGAAUGACAUACCAGGGUAUAACUAAUCUCCAGCACCAGUGGUCUAUAAUGGGAGAGUACAGCAAUGUUCCACUGGAAGAACUUGUUGAUUGGAUCAAUGCAAAGACUUCAAAAAAUGCUGUGUUUGCUGGUCCUAUGCCUACUAUGGCAACAGUAAAACUGACUACUUUACGCCCAAUAGUUAACCAUCCACAUUAUGAAGAUGCAGGACUGAGAGAACGAACAAAAAAAGUAUACUCUAUGUACAGUAGAAAGCCUGCCGAAGAAUUGAAACGUUUAAUGAAAGAAAUGAAGGUUAAUUAUGUGAUUUUAGAGGAUUCAUGGUGCAACAGAAGAUCUAAACCAGGCUGUCAGAUGGCAGAGAUCUGGGAUUUAGAAGACAGAAAGAACAGAGGAAAAGAACCACUUUGUAGUAUUUUGCAAAGAGACCCAAAACCCUAUUUUAAAACUGUGUUUAAAAAUGCUGUAUAUUCAGUUCUAAAACUUAUUUAGUUGAAAUUCUAUAAUUUAGUUUUUAAUAUAUUAUAAGCAUUCAAAAGAAAUUCAGACCAAAACUAAUUAAAAUUCACAGCUGACAUUAUUACAUUGUUUUUUGUUACUGGACAAUUUCAGGGAAGGAUAUUAAUCUUUUUAUACAUUAUCCUAAAUUUAUUAAUUGUUUUACAAUACCAAACCAAAAAUAAAAGAAUAAAAGCUUAGAUUUACUAGAUAAA